AUGACACCAGAUGGUAUGAACUUAGAGGAUCUUCAACGAGGAACCAAGAGAGUGAGGAAGAUAAUUUUUAAAAUGAAGAGAGAAAUUUCAAAUGGUAUGUCUAACAAUGAGAAUAUGUCACUCCUCAUGCUUCCUACUGAAAGGCAUUAUCCAGCAAAGGCUGCGUAUAGGGGAGGGAGCAUUAUGAGUACAAUAAUAACGAAGUUCACAACAUUUGACUUGUUGGAACGAGCGAAACAGUCACCAUUCAAGCAAUUCUUCUUAGCUCCGCCUCUACAAUAUUCUGGAGUUAUUAUUCACCAGCUACCGCUUAGGAGAGUUGUUGGUAGAGGAAAGAACGAAUACUGCUUGAAUUUUAAUAUUUGUGGUCAGAAUACAAGGUUUGGAAUUAGUGAAUUUGGUUUGAUCACUGGAUUGAAUUGUGGAAUUUCUCCGGAUCAGGCAAAGUAUAAAGAAAUGACCAAGAGUAAAAGACUUCUCCAGACAUACUUGAACAAUAAAGAAUGUUUGUCUUCUGAAGAGUUGGAAGAUGGAUUCAAAAGGUGCGAUGUGAAAGAAGACGUAUGGAAAUUAAGUCUAUGUUUUUUGGUAGACUCUCUUUUAUUACCUAGUGAACCAAAGAAGAAAUGCUUUAUUGAUGUCCUUUCCAUGGUGGAAAAUGAAGAUGACUUCUUCAACUAUCCUUGGGGGAGAUUAUCGUACGAGAAGACAUUAUUCGGCUUGACAAAAGAUAUGGAAAGGCUAAGGAAUAAAUACUUGAAGAAUGUUGAGCAAAAGAGAAAAAGACCAGCACCUCAGUACACAAUUUAUGGUUAUGCCAUUGCUCUGCAAUAUUGGGCCUAUGAAAUUUUCACAAAGUUCUCUGCAUUUGCUGAUCAACAACCCCUUGCCUUUCCAAGAAUGCUUAGCUGGUCAGCGCAUAAAAUGCUGAAAGAGAAAGAUAUUGAAGGUGUAUUUAAGAAAAAAAGUAAUCUUGUGAAGGCCACGCUCAAUCCAAGACCCGAAGAGAAAGAAUUUCAUGACUCUAUUAUUCAAGGACCAGAUGAACUACUCAUGGGAUGUGUUAUUAGCUUUGUAGACAAUGAUGUGGAAUUGGAGUUUGAAAGGGAAGAACGUGAGGAAUCUCCCACAAAGCCCGAUGUAGCAGAUGGGCAUCGUCACGAGCAAGACCAGAAAGAGAUACCAACUCCAAUUAACACCCACCACGAAAAGUUGUUAGCUGAUAUUGACACUUUGAAAAGUAACCAACAAAGAAUGGAGGAGAAGUUGGAUUAUCUAAUUGAAUUAGUGCUCUCGCAACGUAAAGGUAGUGAUUCUGAGGAUUCAUUAUCAGAUGAGCAUCUUGCUUCACCACACCAUACAUUUAUUAUGGAGCACGUUGUUGGAGAAGAUAGCCCUAGCUGUAAGGUGGUAUCUCAUGAAGAUAUGGCUGGGGUGGAAUUCAAGAGAAGGAGGGUUCCAACGAAAAGAAUUUUUGGUUCCGAGUUUACUGAUCCAACUAGGAAGAAAAAGAAAGCAAAGACAAUUGUAACUGAUCCUUCAAAAUGGUUUAUUCAGCUACUUACACCACGUACAUGGCUGGACGGACUGCACAUUUAUGCAGCUUUAGGGUUAAUGAAAGAACGAGUGUACACUUACAAGAAGACUUACUCCGAAAGAUUCACCAUCGUGGAUUCUAUGUUCCAACAGUUCUUCGAACCACAUUGGGAACAAUUCAACAAGAGGAAAAUCAAAUCAAGCUACAUUUGGCCAAAAGAAGUGCUUGAUUACUUGGUAGGUGAUGAUAACAAUUUCAAAAGGAGUUGGAAAGACAUUGACGAUGUGUUUACCCCGAUUAAUUUUUUUGGGACACAUUGGGUGUUGUUAGAGAUAUCAUUGACAAGCUAUCUUAUAAAAGCUUAUGACGCUGAUAUCACUGUGGUCUCCAACAAGGAGUUUGAGAAUAAAAUGAGCAGAUGGGGAAAAAUGCUACCAUUUCUAAUUCAAUCCAGUGGGUUGUUAAGUCAUAGGAAAGAUGUCCAACUACAAGCAGAGAAAGUGCGUUUUGAGAUCACAAGACUUGGCACAGAAAAAGUGCCACAGACCAAAACUAGUGGAAUGGAUAAAUCUUUGUCACUUUUAUCUUAUUAA